UUUGCAUAAAUGCACUGUCUACAACCAUAGAGAACACUCAUUGUAAUAAGCAGGUGAUGAAAGGACUUUUUGCUCCGGUGAAAUAUUAAUGAACUGAUAAAGUGUUCAAAGUGCACUUUAAAGGUCACUUCGAUGAAACCUCAGCAGCCUGAGUCGAGAAUGGAAGACAAAGACGUCUCUGACACAGGUGCGGAGCAGAAAGGGAAAUUAAGCCUUGUGCUUGCCUUGGCUACACUGGUGUCUGCGUUUGGAUCUUCAUUCCAGUAUGGAUACAAUGUGGCGGCGAUCAAUUCUCCAUCCCAGUUCAUGCAGUCCUUCUACAAUGCCACCUACUUUGAGCGCUAUAACAGCUACAUUGACGACAGCUACCUGACACUCCUGUGGUCCAUCUCGGUGUCCAUGUAUCCACUCGGAGGAUUUUUUGGGUCUCUCAUGGUGGCUCCUUUAGUGAAUAAACUUGGAAGGAAAGGAACAUUACUAUUUAAUAACAUCUUUUCCAUUGUUCCUGCCAUUCUGAUGGGUGCCAGUGAAUCAGCCAAGUCCUCUGAAAUGGUUAUAGUGGGCCGAGUCAUCAUAGGCGUUUGUGCUGGUCUCUCCUCCAAUGUGGUCCCCAUGUACCUGGGAGAGAUGUCACCAAAGAACCUGCGUGGAGCCAUUGGUGUCGUGCCACAGCUCUUUAUCACCAUUGGCAUUCUGGUGGCCCAGAUCUUUGGACUAAGGAGCAUACUGGGCAAUGCAGAAGGAUGGCCUAUCAUGCUUGCCCUCACUGGCAUUCCUGCAGUUAUUGAACUUCUUGUUCUGCCUUUUUUCCCUGAAAGUCCAAGAUAUACUCUCAUUCAGAAAGGAGACACGGAUAAGGCCAGGAGAGAUCUACAGAAGCUACGGAACAGGGAAGAUGUCGAUGAGGAAAUUGAGGAGAUGCAUGUGGAAGAUCAGUCCGAGAAAGCGGAGGGUCGUCUUUCGGUACUCACUCUAUUCUCAUUCCGCUCCUUGCGAUGGCAGCUCAUUUCUGUGUUUAUAAUGAACAUGGGCCAGCAGCUAUCUGGGGUUAAUGCGAUCUAUUACUAUGCAGACAGCAUUUACCUUUCUGCUGGAGUGGAGGAGAACAAUGUCCAAUAUGUGACCAUUGCAACAGGCUCGAUAAACGUCAUCAUGACCCUAAUCGCGGUUUUUAUCAUUGAAGCCUCAGGAAGAAAAUUACUUCUUCUGAUAGGCUUUGGGAUUUGCUGUGGUGCUUGUACUGUCCUGACAAUAACUCUCCAAUUUAAGGAAACUGCCACGUGGAUACCAUACCUGAGCGCUGCCUGCUUAAUAAUCUACGUGAUUGGACAUGCAAUCGGACCCAGCCCCAUUCCUUAUGUGGUGACAACAGAGAUGUUCCGCCAGUCCUCUAGGCCUGCUGCUUUCAUGGUUGCUGGUUCUGUCCAUUGGCUGUCCAACUUCACUGUAGGCCUCAUCUUUCCAUUCUUGGAGAAAGGUCUUGGCCCAUUCAGUUUUAUUGUCUUUGCUGCAAUCUGCCUGGCAACUCUGCUCUACAUCCUUAUGAUUGUUCCAGAAACAAAGAACAAAACAUUUCUAGAAGUCAGCCAGCUAUUUGCCAAGAGGAACAAAACCAGAAUAAUCAUGGAGAUGGAGAGCACCUCAGUGAAAGUCACCUCAGAUGGUCCUGAUGGUAACAACGUUCUGCACAUGACAACUUUGUAAUUAGUGAAUACUGAGAAAGUUAAUAAAGUUAACAAAAUUU